AACUCCAAAGUGGGUGAGCGCGGGGUACGGUUGUCAGGCGGCCAACUCCAACGCAUAGCCAUUGCCCGCGUGCUCCUGCAGAACCCUAAAAUCGUACUGCUGGACGAAGCAACGUCAGCAAUUGACUCGUCCAUCGAAGCAUUGAUCCAGCAGGCCUUCCGCAAACUAAGCCAAGGUCGCACCACGUUUGUAAUCGCACACAGACUUAGCACGAUUGCAGAUGCCGACCAGAUCUUGGUGGUGGAGAAGGGCGAAAUCAUCGAACGGGGCACACAUCAGGGGCUGCUGAAGAACGAAGAAGGAAAGUACACGGAGCUGUGGAGGAAGCAGACGGCGGGGCAUUUGUCAAAGGAGUCAGAAGCCAAGGAUGUGAAGGAGGGUGAGCACCAGGAGGGAGGCGUGGUCAUUGGCGAUACCACGAUUCAGGGAGAGGACCAGGCAACCACUUCUGCAACGAAGAGUGACAACGCCGGUGAAGAUAACAGCGUACGACGGAAAUAA